UAUGUUCCAAACAAGAGAGCUCUCUGCAAGGAGCACUUCUUGAAAAUGGCAUACAGACGGGACCGCACCAUCAGGGAGCUCUAUGAAGAACGUUUCUCAGACAGAUCAGCUCCAUAUCAAAGAGUUGUAAGCCUGGUUGACAGACGAACAGGUUUCAACCGUCCGGAGGAUGACUACGACAGAGUAAAUGAUUAUGACCUCCAAAGAUACGGUGGUGGUCCUCGAGGUUACCAUGGUGAUGACCAAAGAGGCUACCAUGGUGAUAGUGGUAAUUUUGGAAAUGAGCGAAGAAAUGUUCCUCCAUACAGAAGGGAUGAGCCAUAUCCCUAUUACAGAGGGCCUAGAGAGGAUCCUCAAGUGAACCGUCAAGUUGAGAUAAGAAACAGAGGCAGAGUGGCCUCACAGCCCAGUGUGAGGGGUCAAAGGUUACCACCUCCUAGGUCCAUGAGCUCAGCAUUGCCUAAUGGAGAAGAUGACACUCUCAUGCAGGCCAUUAUGAACUUGGAUCGGGGAGAUGAUCGUGAGGGUGUCAGACGGAAAGCCCCCUUCCCCUCCAUGCGGGAACGGUCUCCCAUCAAGAGGGACAUUCCUCCCUUCCCCCACAGUCGCUCUGGCUCCAGUGUCAGCAGUCGCAGCUAUUCGCCCGACAGAGGAAGAAGUUAUCCCUACCCAAACCAGACAAAGAAGAGAUAUGAGGAGCCUUAUGGGCCAAGCAGAGAGUCUGACAAAGAGAAAACACCUAGCUAUAUGCUCAGUGGAUCCCGGGAUGGCUCACCGCACAGCUCUGUGUCAGCUAGCAAGGAAGAAAUUCCAGCUUUUGGAGGGGAACAGGAUGAGGUACCAGUAGUUAAAGAUGACGCUGUGAAGUCUUCGGAUGAGGUCCAGGACCCGCGGGCCCAGGCCAUCAUGGCUAAAGCCUUGGAAAUAGAAAAGCUGUACAGACAGGACUGUGAGACCUUUGGAAUGGUAGUGAAGAUGCUGAUUUCCAAAGAGCCCAGCCUGGAGAAGCUGCUGCAGACUCCACUGAGAGAAAACCUGAUAGAGCUCAGGGAUCGGUGCCUGGAUGACCUCCGUCAAUUCAUCACUGAAGUGGAUGAGACACAAAAGUCCUAAGAACUGGCUGGCCCGGACUAGACUGGACUGAACCUCGCUCUGUCUGAAACCAGUAGCACCUUUCCAUGACUUCUGGAACUGACAAACACACACGAAAGAUCUCCUGUGCUGUCAAACCUUUUAUCUUUUUGCAGUUUUAAUGUUUUUUUGUAUCCACAGACACCACAAACCAGGCCAUGUUAAGCUUUAGUGCUGGGUCUGAAGAAGCAAUAAACUUUGGAAAGAGUUCCGUUUUUACAAAGAUUGAAAAAUAACACAAAUUUAAAAAAAUCAAGCAAGAGAACACAGCAGAUUUUGUUUGUGUAGUGUUUCUUACAUUGUAUUAGUACAGGAUUGUCCUAAAGGGGCUAGGGUGUCAGUAUUGCAUAUUCAUGUUUACAGAUUUUUUUUAACUGUAGUUUUAUGUGUCACGUUUGCAUUUUGUGUUAGAUUUUUCUCGUCAUGGUGUUGAUUCUGAAAUUACAACAUGGAGUGUUAUGUUCCAUAUGCAC